GGAGAAUCCCGUGGGAGCCGCCGCGGAGCGGGAAGCGCCGGAGGUAGCGGCGAGGGGUCAGGCUGCGCGCGGGGCAGCCCGCGCAGGGAGGGGCCUCGCGGGGCGGAAGCGGCGCUGGCGGUGAUGGCGGCGGGGAGGACGAGAGGCUGAAAAGGUGAACAUUGGACAGGGAGGCGUACAAAACCGUUUUUGCGUAGAAGUUGGUGAUAACCUACUGAGAAGCAAUUGUAUCACUUGCCUCCUGAUAGCCUCUCGCAACAAGAGUGCUCUGUCCUGCGUGCAGUCUUCCAUCAGGUCUGCACGAGUGAAAAUUGCUGAAGGAGUGUAAUAAAUUGAACCUGCACAGUUUUACUGUUUGAGACAGACAGAAGACAGUUUGAACCAUGGCAAGCCAGGCGUUUUCCCCAGAGGCUGCUUUCCCUCAUGGGAGGCGGAGGGAGAAAUGGGACCCCAGGCUUCUUUCAAGGGCAAGGACUUGAUGGCAAAAAAAAGAGAAUGUCUCCAGGCCUACAGCUGGUGGAGAACACCCCAGAAGAAACGGAAGAAAAAGAACAAAAUAAAACCAGGAAGAAUAGAGUUUGUCCCUAGUAGUACUAACACAACCAGACCGGAUUAUUCAAUAUUUGUUGGGGAGCUGACUCCAGAAGUAGAUGAUUUUCAGCUCUAUGACUACUUCCUAAAGAGGUACCCUUCAUGUAUUGACUGCAAAAUAGCAACAGACCUGCUGGGAUAUUCCAGAGGGUAUGCCUUUGUCAGAUUUGGUGAGCAAGGUGAUCAGAUGAGGGCACUGCAAGACUGCCAGAAUGCACCAGGUCUGGGGGGAAAACGAAUCCGGCUGAGCAUAGGAAUUUCUAAAAGACUGAAAGCAGAAUUCCAGCGGUACCAGUCAUACAACUAUAAUGAUUACUAUCAAGAUUAUCAGAACUACUAUUCACAGUGGAAUUAUGAUCCUUAUGCUGACUACAACUACAGCUCCUAUACUCCCUAUGAUAGUAUGCAAGCUGUUGGAGACUGCUCCUUAGGAGAUGCUGUUAUGGCUCCAGCUGUUUUUGAGGAAGCUUCAGCUAUGACUGAAAUCAAUGAUGACCUAAUAACUGAAGAUCCACAGCUGUACUUGGAUGUUGAUGAAAUGAACAGACAAUUUAUGGAGACAAGUGAAGAACUCUAUGAUGCCCUCAUGAAUUGUCACUGGCAGCCUCUGGAUACGGUCACUUCUGACAUCCCCUCUGCUAUUUAAGUGUCUUAUAUAGCAUGACCGUAAUGACCAAGGGAUGCUCUUGGACCAACAGCUUCUUUCUAGUGCUACCUCAAAGUAACUUGCAGAUAUAACUCACAGGGAAGAUUGAUCAAAUGGUGAUGAUCACUAUCAUUCUGCUGGAGAUAUAUAUAUAUAUAUUUGCCUUUUGUUUUGUCUCAUUUUUAAUGACAUUUAUUUAACUUCAGUGACUCAUGUCAAUAGAUGUUGUUUGACUACAUCAACAAGUAUUUGAGUCAUGAGUUUCUUUAAAGGUAUGUCACCAUAUGGAAAUUGUUCUAAAUAGGUAAAAUAAGUAAAUAAAGCAGCACUUGAAUUUACAGAGCAAA